CACUGAUGUCUAUGUUUCCCAUUUAUUAGUGUAAAGUACAGUAGUUCCAAACAUGUGAAAAAAUAUGUAGGGUGGUUUUGUGUGGAAAUUGGAGAUUUUGACCAACAUUAUUUCACCCACUGGUGUGUGACUGAUCCCUUUCAGUAAAGUGGUAACACUAUUCUUUCAUGUCUAUCAAAACGUUCUGGGUGUUUAAAAAAUGAUGUGAAGUUCUUUUCAGCUGGUUUUUGUAUUGAGUUACUACAUGCAGCAGUCAUUUUUGCUUUAAAAUAUCAAGCUUAUUUGUGUUUACAUAUGGUACAGGGAUGCUUUACUUCACACUUUCUCAUACCUUUAAGUAAAAAUCCAACAAAGUGCAUAUAAUGAACCUAAAAUUUAAGUAUUUUCAUGGAGAGGUAUAUUUUCAGACCCAGCAGGGCAGGGCUUGUUAAUCUCAUUGUGAUAUUUUUCUAAUAAGAAAUGGCUUGAUAGGUCCCUGUGGGUAUGUGAAGUCAGCCCUCCAACAUGGUUUUACUUUGUUAACAUAUUUGGCAUGUAUUUGAAGGUUGAGAUGUACCAUAUGUGAGACUCAGAAUGGUUGAAUACUGUAAUGGCUUUUCUUUGUACUGUAAUUAAAAGUGAUGAAUAUUGUCCAUAUUCACUAAAAAGGAUUAAUACCUAUUAAAAAUAUUUGCUAGUGGCUACCAUGUUUGAAACAUCCAAUAAUCUCACUACCCAGGCAAUGGACAACCCCGCAGAAAAUCAAAGAAGAAACGCACUCGACAUAUAGCCAUCACAGAUCCUGAUAAUGAGGAUAUGGACAAUGACAGUAUACAUUUGGCAGACAGUGACAUGUUGGAAAGAAUGGGUGUACCCGACCCACCUCCACCUAGUUUGGCAGCUGGUCCAACCUUCACUCUUCCCACCUCAGAAAGUUUCACUCAGGCUCUCAAUGCCCACACCCUCAAGACUGACAUGAGAAGAUGAAGUAUUUUCAUCAUCCAAGAGGUUGUCCACUUGUAACACAGGAAGCAACAUCAAUAAUCAAAGCCCUCUUGAAACACCCCCAAGGAGGGGCAGAGCUGCAUCUCGGCUCGCUCACGAGAAAAUGAAAAGGGUACCUAUGACAACAAAAAAGACAAGAGGAACAUGUCAGGUUAUUUUCAAGGGAGACUCCUUUGAAAGCAGCUCCAGUUAUAAAGAAGUAGUAAAAGGAGCAGACUCUGGUCAUGGGGAAAAUUGUGAGUCUCAUUUUGAAGAGAUGGAAUAUGAAUCAACUGUUGAUCCUUGUGAAUCAGCUGUUAAUCCUUUAGCACUAGACACACCAAGUAAGAAGAAUGAUGGUGUAAAAUGUCUAAGUGUUAAAGUCAGUCUUGAAAGAUUAUCUCAUUUACACACAUCUCAAGAAGUAGAUAGUUCAAAAGAUACAACACAAGUUACUGUUACAAAUGCAUAUCAGGAGGAAGGUGUAGGUUGUAUUAGUGAAACAACUUGUUCAUACUCUAACCUCAGGUUAGAAGACAGCGACGAUAACAAAAGCACCAGAAUAAAGGAACUGGAUGUUCAGAGAUCAGGGAAUGAGAUGUGUAAAGGCAAAGAAAAAGAAGAGCCUUUAUCUCCCAAUAAUUGUACUGAAAAUGCAUGUACAAAAUGUGAGAAUUAUGACGAGUGUAAUUCUCAAUCCAGAACCCCUGAAGAAGUUAGGAUUUUGCCAGAGCAAACAGAAAAACUUGUUACAACCAAUACCAAGUGGUCGAACCACUCGAACAAAACAAAAGGAAUUGCAGUUAUCAACACGAGGAGAUAUAACAGAUAAUAUGGUAAGCACAGCAGAUCAGCCUCAUCCCAUUCCCAAACCAAGAUUAACUCGUACAAAGCAAAAGGAGGUCUUACCAUUGCUCGAUACAAUUGAUGAAUCAGAAGGUCAGUUGUUACCACCCAUGGACUUUCCAAAACCAAGAAUGACUCGCACAAAGACUAAGGCAAAAGAACAGACUAACAAAUUUGAAAAUGUGGAAUAUGAUUCACAGUCUUCAGUAGAGGAGGGGUAUAAUACCCAUGAGAAAGCUGUUGCACAGCCAUCUGAGGAAAUCCCAAUGUCUCGUUCUACUCGUACAAAGAAAAAGGUGAUAGAGGUAAUUUCCUUAACUGACACUCCAGUCAAGAAUGACAUUAAUAAAUCAGUAGACAAUGAAUCACAAAAACCAAGGACAACAAGAACAAAGAAACGAAUGUUUGACGAGUUAGGUGUAGAUCAGCCUACUAGAUCUACAAGGACAAAGUGUAAGAAAAUGGAAGAACAACCUGAAAAAGAAUCUGUGGCUUCAGAAAAACUUGGUCUAUGUUUAUUUCUUACUGAACCUGAAGAUGAGAAAGACGGCAAAUCAUCUCAGGUUGUACAGAAAUCACCACUUGUUAGGUCUGUUCCAUCAGUAACAUCUAUGAAGCCAUCACAAUCAGCGACCUCCUAUACCUCUGAGAAUACUGUAAUGGCUGCUACAUCUACUCAGAACACAGAAAUUGGGCCGGUUCGCCGGAUAAUCGAUCUAAGGUGCGCCAGUUGCCAGCUUUAUUAUUAAGCCCUUGUCCAUCGUCGUCAACUGUCCAAGUUGUAACUCCAGGUAGUCCAGUACACACUAGUUUUAAGCGUGCUUGCUGUACACCAAAUUCAGACAAGGACUCUCCAAUGUCUUCUACUGUACGCCAGAAGGGGACACGCGCGAUGACCCCUGUAAAACAUUCUCCACGAACAUUUGCUGGCUCAAAAACAGGCUGUACUGUACGAGAAUUGGCAACUGCAUAUCAGAAUCACAUUGGAGAAACCCUUAAUGAGGUUGAAGAGCUAACUUCUGAGGAGUGUGAGGUAACACACUCCCCAGCUCAUGUAACACGACAUGCACGAGUUAGACAUGCAAAGACUCCAGACUCCCAGAGAGUUCGGAUAAAGCCCCCUGCCAGAACCCCACCUGCAACUUGUACUUCAGAUAAGGUUAUUCGACCAAAGAAGAUUUUACUCAGCAGCAGCAGCAGUACCCAUGGUAGCUCUCGUGAUACACCAAAAACUUUCUCAAGAAGUCGGCUGAUGCUUACCUCGUCAUCCUCGGUAAAACACAAAAUACAAAAGAAAUUUGGUGACCCAAAUGAAGCUAAAUACCCAACGAACAUAGUUACUGGAAUAACAUCAUUCAUCAAAAUACAACCAGCAAAGCCAUCACUUGAGGAGAAGCGACAAACAGGACUGCAAAAGAAGAGGGAUCGAGAGGAUGAGACGAUAAAAAAGAAAGAAGAAUUAUUAAAAUUGAAAGCAGAGGGGCAGAAAAGACGCAACGAGGAAAGGAUGAAGCGGGUACAGGAAGCUCGUGAAGAAAGAGAGCGUAAGGCUAUAGAAGCAAAGAAACAACAAGACAGAGAUAAAAAGAACAGAGAGGAGCGACUAAGAGAACAGCAGCAGCAGCACAGAAAGCAGCAACUUCUUGCUAAGAGACGUGCAGAAGAGGCUAGAGUUAAGAAGAUUAAAGAACAGGUAGGUUUAAGCAGUAACCUUGGAAAUUAAAUUAUUCAUAGUUGC